UUUACUUAACUUAAUAAACAUCAAAGCAAAGAGUUAAAGUUCCAGUAAUCCAAUAAUGGUGAAAUAUUUUAGUUUUACUCUUUGCUUUCUUAUUUUAGCUAAGAAAUCAGCACCAAAGUUUUAUCUUAUAGAAGAGAAGCCAGAAGAAAAAAAAGAAAAAAAAUCUGGAUGUACUCCAUGCAUAGAACAAGGUUACACAGAACCUCCGCUUGAAUUCUCCAUGAAAAACUGGAUAAGUCUGGUUCCCCCCUGCAGUAUUCUAAAAUGUAUAUCACCGAAGGGUUUAAAGAUUGAUGUUGAAAGAGAGAUUACGGGACCGGUGAGAGUAAACGGUUAUAAUAUUACUGAUGAUGAGCAUAGCAGAGCACUUAACGGAGAGAAGGUUGUAAUUAAAGGGAAUGAACACAAAGCUGACACAGUGCUCUCAUUUUCUGGAAGCAAUAUGGUGCUCAACGGAACCAUUUUCCCAGGAGAUGAUCUGAAGGAAAAAUAUAAUUGUGAUGCUGGAAAUAUGUUCUUUGCUCUGUUUUGUGCUGAAAAGAAAUAAACAAUAAUUAAAGGG